UUCAAUGACAUGUAGAACUACUUCAAUGACAUGUAGAUCUACUUCAAGGACAUGUAGAACUAUUUUCAAUGUAUCAAUGAUAACAGUGAUUUGCGUGUUUCUAUUUUUAAAUAGGCGUGAAAGGGGGUGAGGGGUACUCAAUAUCUAGAACAAAGAUUUCAGUGACUAUAAGGAUUGUCAUUCUUAUUCAGUUCAAGAAAGUGAAUCACAUGCUUCAUUCUGUCAAACAUUAUCUUGAAUUCGUUAUUUCAUUUGAGGUUUGCUCCUGAAACAUGGCUUUUAAGUCGAAAGGUCUACUGAUUAUUUUGGCUAUAACCUGUUUCGUGGUUAACUUUGACCGGACUAACCAGAUAUGCGAUCCAGAUGUACCUUCCAGAGUUCCGCCUAAACUGAAUGCUGAUGUCCAGGGCGUUUAUGAAACUGACUGCUCUGAGGGUCAGUACCUUGACUUUUACACGUGCUUACCCUGUGAAGAAGGAACAUACAGAACUAAGCAGAUGGCUGCACUUGAUAGGUACUCGGAGUGUCAAAAAUGUCAAGAGCCAGGCAUGCAUGAGUAUGUAAACGAGUCUUGUACAAAGACUCGAGAUGCUUUGAUCAUGUGUUUGGGGAAUUUCUACCGUCAUGAAACUGAGGGAAAGCCUUGUGACUCUGAAUGUCGGCAGUGUGAAGUCUGUGGCAUUGGUAAAAACUUGUAUAGAAAUUAUGAAGCUCGUCAGUGUGACGGUUACGAAAACACUUUCUGCUGUGAUGAGGAAAACAUGGUGGUAGUAAAUGGAAGGUGUGCUGCAACCACAACAUUCUCUUCUACUAGGGAAUUGGUCACCUCAUCUUUACCUUCUAUAGGCAGCAGUGCCAAGUCCAUUACCAGCAAGGCGCCCAAAUAUAAUGAAACUGGUAAAGCUAAACGUCAAAAUGUACGCAGCAAGGCCAUUUCAAAGCAUCGUAUUUGUUUUCCAUUAGCUGCUUUGUUGUUACUGGCAAUUACUUAUGAUAUUUUAUAAAUAAUUUAUUCUACUUUUACCGCAUCUAGCUAGUAAUCUCAGCUCAAUUUUAUCUAAACAGCGGCGUAGCUAGGGAUUUGGGGUCAGGGCGGGGCUUGUAUCCUUAAGAGGCCUCUGCAUUUUGAUAUUCGACAUGGUGUAACAUUUAAUGUAAAAAAAAAAUAAUAUUCGGACACUCACCAGUGGAUGUCGGGGGGAGGAUUCUCAAAUUUGGACUUCCCCCACCCCUAACCUAGUUACGCCACUGUAUCUGGAUAACCAAAAUCGACAUUGGUGUACUUUUUUCUAUAUCACUUCACUUUUGCUAGGAACGUUGCAGUGAGAUCUGGUGAAGAGCAAGUACUAUUUCUGUAGAUACCUGAUGUUUUGCAGUGCUCUGCGGUGAUUUGUAGUGAUAUUCUGUGAUAUUGUCUUAAUGUUGUUAAGUCAUGGGUGCUUCAUUUGAUGCGAAGACAGAUGCUAGACCGUAUUUCCCGAUAGAUGUCUCAUGUUAUUUAGUUUGAUUUUGCAUGAUGUUACUUAAAAUUUAGUUAUGUGUAUUAAAUGUUAUGUAGUUAUGUGUAUUUUAUGUGAUAUAGUUAUGUGUACCUGAUGUGAUGUUAUAUGUAGUUCAUGGUAUGUAGUUAUGUGUUCUUGCAGUGAUGUUUAUUUGAUGUUGUGUAGUUAAGUGUGCUUGAUGUGAUGUGAUGUGUAUUUGAUGUUGUGUAGUUAUGUGUGCUUGAUGUGAUGUGAUGUCUAUUUGAUGUUAUGUAGUUAUGUGUUCUUGAAGUGAUGUGUAUUCGAUGUUAUGUCGGAAGCGUGGUCGAGAGACCAAGUGUGCUUGAACUUGGCUUGGCUUGGCUACCUAGAAGGGGGCUCGAGGUUCGACACCCGACUCGGGCAGAGUUGUGUUUACUGAGCGCCUAAAGGCAGCACGGAAAACCA